AUGAUCAUCCCCGUGCGCUGCUUCACGUGCGGCAAUGUCAUUGCCGACAAGUAUCUUCUCUACCUUGACCUUGUCAGCCAAGGCGUCUCCGAGGAGGACGCGAUGAACGCCUUCCACCUAGAACGGUUCUGCUGCCGCCGCAUGAUGCUCACCCACGUGGACAUGACGGACCUGCUCCUCAAGUUCAACCCGGCCGACACGAACGUGCUAGGGACUGCCUCCGUAGCGGCGGCGGCCGGGGAGGACGACGGCGCUGUCGGCAUGCCGUAG